AUGGGUCUCCUGGUAGAUGUUCCACGGCUAGAUGGAAGCGGUACGUCAAAUGAUGAAAACACUGAACGUCGAUUUUUCGCGAAUCCUCAUUUAACAUCAACAACUACAGGUAUAAAUAAAGAGGUUAUUAAACGUUUUGGUAUAAUAUUACAAGUGAUUUCUUCUGGAUAUAAAAUUGACGUGCAACUAUUUGACAACUAUGCAAUUGAGACAGCCAAACUAUUUGUUAUACAAUAUUUUUGGUUUUAUUUACCAGCAAGCGUCCAUACAAUUUUGCUACAUGGAUCUAUAAUAAUCGAAAAUGCAUUACUUCCAAUUGGACUUCUGAGCGAAGAAGCCCAGGAAGCGAGAAUUAAAGACAUUAAAAAAUACCGUGAACACCGGACUAGAAAAAUAUCACUAGUUAAAACUAUGGAGGACUUAUUUAGUAAUCUCUUAGUCUCUUCGGGUCCGUAA